CAAGGGUCGUAAGUGUUUGAAACAAGCGACGAUCACGAGGAGGGUCGGCUUUGUACUGUUCCCGAACAUCGAAAGUGGAUCCUCGCUUCCCCAUUUUGCCAAAGUUUCCACUUUUGGCAUCUUCCUUCGCUGCUCCAAUCUCGGAGUGGAAAAUGAAAAAUGCCAUUCCAGAUUCCUUUCUGAGCUGAUCUCUAUGCAUUCUUAGUGAAAUUCGAUUCCGCAAGUUUGUGACUUUCAUGGUGUCAGCUACUGAGAAAAGCAAUACCCUUGUGAGCUCUCUGUCUCUCUCCCUCUCUCCAGUUCAUGCUUGAUUAACAGACUGAGGAUUUUGAAUUCUGAUGUCAAUCUGAGUCUUGAAUUGAUUGGCCUUGUCUUCUUUUACAGCCCAAGUGUGUUUCUUGUCGAACUUUUUCUGAGGUUUCUUAUUCAUGUUGUUUGCUGUCCAAGCAUCUGGGGCUUAAAGUUUCUGCUCAUUCCGAAGUUCAAGAAAGACCGAAAGUUUCCAACUUGCUGGAGUUCACACUCUAAAGAGUAUACAGGUCACAUGUUUUGACUUACUUUGUGUCACAGAAAGGCGUUUUAAGUCACAAAAGGUUCAGCCUUCAAGUUGCUGCAUCUUGAAUUUAUUUUCUUCACAUGAUUCAUGGCCAAAGAAGGCCAUACAAGGGCUUUUGACUCUUGUGGCUUCAAGGGCAUCCCCAGUCACUUUCUUCUGAUUUCACAAGUUGAUAGUAGAUAGAUACUUGUGAAAAAAAGAAAGGGAUGGUUCAUUGAUCAGUGCAUAAAUCAAGUCUUCUUGUAUGAGAGAUUUCCGCGAUCAAUUGCGGCUUUCGCCAAGGGACCGAACGUGUACUCGAGCACUAUGGGAUAUGACAAUUCAAGAUCUGUCAGAUUUCAAGAGGAUCAUCAUCCAGCAAAGCUCCCUAUGGCGAAAGGCAAUGGAAUUGGUCAACUGAACUACAAGAGUAAUGGGAAUGAGCUGUACGAACCAAAAGCCACGCCUGAGAAAGCAGGGAAGUCCUUGAAAGCUAAAGUGCUGCUAAGAGUGUUCUCCGAGGAUUACGAGAGAGUGAAGCGAAAAAUAUUGGAUCCUCGGGGACGAAUCAUUCACCGUUGGAACAAGAUUUUCUUGGUGGCAUCUUUGAUUUCUCUGUUUGUGGACCCCCUCUUCUUUUAUUUGCCUGUAGUUUGGAAGGAACAAUGCAUAGAAAUAGGGAUACCACUAGAAGUUGCCCUUACUAUAGUAAGGUCGGUGGCUGAUGUGUUUUACAUGAUUCAGAUGUUCGUUCGGUUUCAUACAGCUUAUGUCGCGCCAUCUUCCCGAGUCUUCGGGAGAGGUGAACUUGUUAUUGACUCGUCGAAGAUCGCCUCGAGGUACUUUCGCAAGGACUUCUGGAUCGAUCUUGUUGCUGCCUUACCACUUCCUCAGGUGCUGAUAUGGCUUGUUAUCCCCAAUCUCGAGGGUUCGACAAUGACCAAUACCAAAAACGUCCUCCGUUUUAUCAUAAUCUUUCAAUAUAUCCCGAGACUCUUUCUUAUAUUCCCACUAUCAUCGCAAAUCGUCAAGGCCGCUGGCGUCGUCACGGAGACAGCAUGGGCCGGAGCAGCUUAUAAUCUCAUGCUUUACAUGUUGGCAAGCCAUGUUUUAGGAGCUUGUUGGUAUCUGUUAUCAAUAGAACGACAGGAGGCAUGCUGGAGAAGUGUAUGUGACGAUCAGAAGCUGUCUUGUGAGCCCGGUUUCUUCGAUUGCUACAGGGCAAAUAAUGUCGACAGGACCGCCUGGUUCCAAUCAAGCAAUCUCUCCCGCUUAUGCAAUCCCUCGAGUGGUUUUUAUGAUUUCGGCAUAUAUGGCGAUGCGGUGACAUCUGAAGUGACCGUGUCUCUGUUCUUCAACAAGUACUUUUAUUGCCUUUGGUGGGGGUUGAGGAAUCUGAGUUCUUUGGGACAAAAUCUCUCGACGAGCACAUAUGUCGGAGAAAUCAUUUUUGCGAUAACCAUUGCGACUCUAGGGCUGGUUCUCUUUGCAUUGCUGAUUGGAAAUAUGCAAACAUACCUGCAAUCUACGACGGUCCGACUGGAAGAGUGGAGGAUCAAGCGAACAGAUAUAGAACAGUGGAUGCAUCACAGGCAACUACCUCAGGAGCUGAAGCAAUCCAUUCGGAAACAUGACCAGUUCAGGUGGAUUGCCACUAGAGGUGUCGAUGAGGAAACUGUUCUGAAAGGCCUUCCCGUGGAUCUCAGGAGGGACAUCAAGCGUCAUCUCUGCCUCGAUCUAGUUCGACGCGUCCCGUUAUUUGAUCAAAUGGACGAGAGAAUGCUGGAUGCGAUCUGCGAGAGGCUGAAGCCCACCUUGUGCACCGAAGGCACGUUCCUGGUGCGCGAAGGCGACCCCGUCAACGAGAUGCUCUUCAUCAUCCGGGGCCAUCUCGACUCUUACACCACCAACGGCGGACGCACCGGUUUCUUCAACUCGUGCUGCAUUGGACCUGGCGACUUCUGCGGAGAGGAGCUGCUCACGUGGGCCCUGGACCCGCGACCGAGUGUGAUCCUCCCGUCAUCAACCCGGACAGUCAAGUCCAUUUCGGAAGUUGAGGCAUUUGCCCUCAGCGCGGAAGACUUGAAGUUCGUGGCAUCGCAGUUCCGGAGGCUGCACAGCAAGCAGCUGCGGCACAAGUUCAGGUUCUACUCGCAUCACUGGCGGACAUGGGCCGCUUGCUUCGCACAAGCUGCGUGGCGCCGGUUCAAGAAGCAGAAGGAAGUCGCUGAGCUUAAGGCUCAAGAGAGCCUCGCACAGUGUGUUAAGGCUGCCAAAAAGGUCCUGGCCGGCUCAGGACUGGCUUCAUACUCGACUAGGCCGGCCGCAAGCACUAGGAAAGGCGGUGGGCAUAGUCAUUCUGGCUCAGACUCAAGUCCCAUUGCAUCGCUACAGAAACCGGCAGAGCCGGACUUCUCCGUCGACGAUGAUUGAGCGGAGAACCAACCGAUGAUGCAUGUACAUUGAUUGCCUUAUAAGAAGUUAAGACAUGGUGAUUCUUUCAUUGGUUGGGAGGAAGAUAUAGAAGAAGAGAUAAUUGCAUGUUGAGAGAGACAUGUUGUAGCUGAUGCAUAUUGUAGCUAAGACAUUGAAGACAGCUUGUCCUUCCUUUUAAAAGUACAAGUAGAAGCUUCAGAGUCAAAAUUUGC